ACAGUGUGGUUGUUUUGUUUGUAAGCUUGAAUUAGAACAGAAAGUGGUGAAACUAAAAGAAAUUAGGUCAAUACAUGGAAUAUACCUAUUUCUUGUAUCUGUAUUUGUAUUCAUUAAAGUCUAGUACACAGUUAAAUAUUCAUACAAUAUCACAAUUAGUAUGCAGCUAAAUAGGAAUAGUUUACUAGUAAUUAGAAUAGUAUUUAAACUAAAUUAAGACAAUGAUUGAAUUGUAGUGAUGUACACCAAUAAAUCUACCUUGGCCACUUCUCAGUACAUGUCUGUUACAAAUUAAUGUUUGUUUCAUUUAAUAUUUAAAGUUUUAAAUCAAUAAUUAUGUGUUAGUUAUAUCACUUUGCAUCUUAAAAGCAAAACAAUACAUACAAAGUGCUUAGGUUUGUUUUCUUAGUGAGCAUGAACAAUGUUUAGUAAAUCAAAACUGCAUAGUGCAAAAUUAAAAAUCACAAAACUUCAGGAAAAAUAUUCUAAAAACAUUGUUUUGGAGGUUGAGCCGAAUAGUUGUCAAAAAUUAACCGAAGUUUAUAAUGACACAUCCUCUCCUGAUAGUAGUAGCAAAAGUGCAUAUAAAGAUGAAGUUUCUAUCAAAGACAAAAUAAAGAAACAAAGUAAUAAUCAAGAAGAGAAUACUGUAGUUGAGAAUGUAAAAAAUUCAGUACCUUGUUCCACUGACCAAAUUGAAGAUAUUAAAUGCGCAGAAUUUGAGACAAUUAAUUCAUUAAAUGAAAGUACCGUAUCUACUCGUAAAUCAUCAAUCAAGUUGGCAUCUGAAAUAUCAGAACUUUCAGAUGUAUCAAAUCAACUGGAAAAUAUUUGUAUUCUUUCUAGUUCUACUGAUGAGUCAAGUGUUUUACCUUUUGUGAACGUAUAUGCACCAGGAAAUUCUCAAAAGGUUUUAACAUCUGCAAAAGAUAAAAUCAAAUCUCCAGCUAUAUCUUCUGCACAAAAUCUGAUAAAAAAUUUAGAGGCAGUUCAACACGAAGAGGCAUGUUUUGAAAAAAGUUUAUCUCAAACAAUAGAUGAUUCAGUUAGUGAAUCUAAAAUGUCUAGCAUAAAAGAAGUUAUGUCCAUGUUAGAUACAGAUUCGGAUAGUACUUAUUCCAAAAGCAACGAUCGUAAUAAAUACAACGAGGAUAUUACAGGAUACACACAGUCAGAAAGUAAAAAUUCAAGUUUGGAACAUUCAGCAGCAACAGGCACUGACGUUGAAUUAUAUUCUGUACCAGAAAGUAGGCCUAAUACAAGGCAAGAACAAAUAAAAACCGCAAAUGCAAUUUCUCCAAGUUUACCGCAUUUAUUAAAUGAAGAUAAUGAAACUUCUAAUGCCACUUCUCCAAGUUCAUCACAGUCAUUAAGUGAAAAUAAUAUUUCUAAACACAUAUCUAAAGUAACAUUGUUAACUUCUAAUCUAAAAAGUAUUAGUAACACGUACAAAAGUGAUAAGCGUCUGAAAAAAGAAGUUAUUGGUCAAGAAUCUAGUGGCCACAGUAUUGAUGAAACUAAAAAUAUAAAUAAAAAAUUGAAUAAAAAAAAGUUAAUUUUAUUGUCUCAGAAAAUAACUUCACAGAAAACAAGUUUAAAACCUUGUAAAAGACGACCUCUUCUGAAAUCAUGUAAAUUAAUUAGAUAUACUGAAACAAGCGAUGAAUAUAAUGGUCUCAGUACACACGUAGCAAGGCACAAUUUUUCAGACAGCAAUAUAUUUUAUGGGAAAAAGUCAGAUCACUAUUGCGAUGAAGUAAUAAAACAACUGAUGAAGAAUCAAAUUGAAUCAACAAGGCACUUCAUAGAAAGCCACCAUCAAAUGUAUCUACAUUGCUGCCAGGCUGUGAAAAUGCUGAGUGAGAAUUACGUUCAAAAUACAUGACUGUUUCAAUAAAUAAGUCAAUAUAUAUUUCAAGCAAUUUUACCAAUGUACAAAUUACAAAAAUUUCAAAUAAAUGUUAUUGCUAUUGUUUUAUUAAUAAAACCAACAAUUCAUUAUUUCAAUGUUGAUUUUCUCCGAUCA